GAAGAAUGAAGGGGGAUCUCUUUGAAAUGUGCUGAAUAUUGAUAGGCCUAGAUAGAGUGGAUGUGGAGAGGAUGUUUUCAGUACUGGGAGACUAUAAGACCAGAGGGCACAGCCUCAGAAUACAAGCACAUCCCUUAAGAACUCAGAUGAGGAGGAAUUUCUUCAAAGUUCAAAAUAAAUUUAUCAAAGUACGUAUAUGUUCCAUAUGUUGCCCUAAGAUUCAUUGCUUUGCAAGUUUUAGAUGUAGCUUUAGCCAGCAGUGAAUCUGUGGAAUUCAGCGCAGAGAUUCAAAGCAGAGAUUGAUAGAUUCUUGAUGUAUAAGGGUGGCAAAGGUUUUAGGAAGAAGACAGGAAAAUAUGCUUGAGAGGGAAAAUAAAUCAACCAUGAUCAAAUGUGUAGUAGAUAGAUGGGCUGAAUGGCCUAAUUCUGCUCUAGUGACUUAUGGCCUUACCUCCUCUUUGCUCUGCUCAUGGGCAAGGCUUGUCCUUGAGAGGGAAAACAAGUAUAGUAUGUUACCAUAGUACAAGAAUGUACAACCAGAUGUUAGUAAUAGGCCUCUCACUGCGUUUGUAUGGAUAUACUGUUAGAAGUACACCACUUAAUCAACCUGUAUAAUAAUACUGUCAGCAAUACACUUGCUUGCUGAAAUUGUAUAUUAAUAACAAUAACAAUAAUUCACUGAUAGGUCUAGCAGAACAAAUUUUAGCUGUUAUUGAUAGUUAGUAAAUUAGAAAGCAAUUUGUGACAUGUUUUACUGAUGGCUUCUGAUGUAAUUCAGUAACCUACACUUAGAUCCAGAAAUUUGUUGACAGAAAUUGUGGUAUUUUCAUGUGGUAAAGGAGUGUGCUGCCAAACUUCCUUAACUUCUCUUCAUUCUCGUCUUUUGGCUCUGAGGACAAGGGGAGAGGUGGAUUCCCAGUUGAUCAACCUUGUUGGCCUAUCAUGGGUGGACUGGUUGGUGGUCUGCUCUUAGCAGCUCAUAUUCUUUUCUGAUCAAGUGAAGUGUGCCUUUAUCACGUCUGGUGUUUCUGAUGCUUACCAAGGAUCUUUGGCCAUAACUGGCUGACAAGUAUAAAAUUUGUUUGAGGAAUUGUGGAGGUUAGACAUAUGAAGAUCAUUGAUAGCAUUGAGAAGAACACAAACAAUAUUAUGAUGAGUUUCUCAUAAAGCAUUUUGAAGGCAUUAUUGGUGGUACCUCUCCAGUCUCUUUAUAGCUCAUUAUACAACUUUGAUAAAGAAGGGUAAGGAUGAUAAACAAAUUAUUUCCUGGGAUGUUGUUGUUUUGUGAAGGUGAAGUGAAACACUAACUCUGUUGAAUCAUAACACUGCAGCUAAGUUGUGGGGAAGGAUGACCACCUACGUUCAGGAAAUGCUUGACCAUCUCGGGGCUCUGUCCCAUGAUGUUCAGUUGUGAGGGGCUGUUUGUGAGCCUUUGAACAGUCUGACAAAGGAGCUUUAGUAUACUUAAUAUUGACCAAAAUUUCCAAGCUUCAAUAAUUUUCUGGAGUGGGCUAUAGGUCGCGUGUGCAAAAACAGGAUGAAUUGGAAAAUUCACUUAUCAAGUGGAGGCCGAAGUGCUCUGUAUCCAUUCUGUAUUUGAAGGUGAUUCCAGAGGGAAGACUCUCUUUACUGAGGUCAAUGAUAAUUGCUAUGUAGGUGUUGAAUUAGCUAUUCAUUUACUCUAGGUUAACUAACAAGCAAUUCUGUCUUCAAACCACAAUCAAGAAUACUGUCAUCUAGUUACGCAGGAGCCUUAAGACCUCAGUUAAGUUUUGUCAGAUAUCCUCUCUUACAAACCUUCACAGUUUAUAGAAUCAAGAGAAGGGUUUAUGUACAAUUCCUUUAGGAUCCAUGCUAUGAAGAUCAUGUGAGGACCUCUUAAUUAACCUAUACAUCCACCUACCUCAUCUCAUCUGUGGCCACAAAUUUAUUAUUUCAUCAUGCAAGUUCCCGGCAACUAUACCAGUUUCUCUUUGUUUUAUUUUAAUAUAACAAUGGCCUGACAGGUUAACCCAAUAUGAUCACUGUAAGUGGAUAUCCAUCCAGGAUAUGGAUGUCCUGAGAGGGUUUAGGUUAUUUUUUUUUAGCGGUCUGAGAAGAGGGAAUUCCAAAAGGGGCUGGCCUGAGACAAUCAACACACACAAAAUGCUGGAGGGACUCAGCAGGCCAGCAUUUUGUAUGAGUUGCUUGGAUUUCCAGCAUCUGCAGAUGUUCUUGCGGUUGUGUCCUAUGACCGUACCGCCUGCCGAAUUACAACCUUGCUCAUUUCAGGUGCAGUCGCAUAUGUGUGGAUACGCUGGAGGCCAUCAGCUUCACUGGUCCUGGCACAGUCAGAAUCCAAAUCCGAUUUAUUAUCACAUUAUGUACAGUGUGAAAUUUGUUGCUUUUUUGCCACAAUGCUAGAAUUUUUCUUUUGCAGCUUUGUGGAUUCCCGCCGCAGGCCUGCAAGUAAUUUGCUUUGGUGUGUGGCUAACAGUAACAAACUUGUAAGAAGGAGAUCCACUACUUUGUGGGGAUGUUGGAGGCUGUGCAGUCUUGCGACCUGACCUCAUGGGUAACCCUAUCAAGAAUAUGAGAUUCUGGAUGAAGUAGCCAGAGUCAUUAAAACCUACAGCCUUCUCUGCCAUAAUAUUCUCAGUCCAGGAAGAAGUUCUGAUUUAGUAAUAAUUUGUUCAGUGAUGCUGUAAGAUAAGAGGCUGAAAAAGCUGAGGACCGACCUGGUGAAUGGUCUCACUAAGGGUGUCAUUGCUGAUCUGGUGGAUGAAAUGCAAGGAGAAGGAGUGAUCAACACCUCUGAAUGUGAAGAGAUUCUCCAAGCAAAUGUAACAACCAAAGACAAGGCUAGAGGUCUUAUUGAUACUGUGUCAAGAAAGGGACCUCGAGCUAGUGAAAAACUAAUUCAGAGUCUGAAUAAUGCAGAUAAAGAGCUGUGCAACAAGCUGGGACUUUCCCCGGUGGAAAACAUGGGAUCAUCUGUCCCACCCACUCCACCAGCUCUAGUGAUCCCCACAACUGGUGAGUGGAUAACUCCAUGUGUACAGCAGCAGUAUGAUGAGCUUUCUCAGAAGACGGAGGUAUACCCAGUGUUGCCAAAGAACAACAGGAAACGGCUGGCCCUGAUAAUUAACAAUAUUGAGUUUACGAAUCCUAAAAUGGCAAGGCAUGGUGCAGAGGUGGAUGAAAAACAAAUGCAGAAACUGCUGAAUGGCUUUGGGUACGAAGUGGAAGGGCACAAUAAUUUAACAGCAGAGGCGAUGAAGGAAGCACUGACUGCAUUUUCAAAUCGAGAGGAGCACGUGCAGUCGGAUAGCACCUUUAUAGUUUUAAUGUCCCAUGGACUCCGGGAUAAAAUCUGUGGCAAACGUCACAGUGAAAGUGAGGAAGAUACUUUUCACAUUGACCAAAUUUUCAAUAUUUUAAACAACAAGAACUGCAAAGGGCUGAGAGGAAAGCCAAAGAUCAUCAUCAUCCAGGCCUGUCGUGGAAGGAGCCUUGGUCAUGCCUAUGUCAGUGAUUCAGCAACUCCUCAGCCCCACAUUGAGUACGAAGAAGAAGGUCCUUUUUACCAAGUACACAAGGAAAGUGAUUUCAUCUGUUUCUGUUCCACCACACCAGACAGCGUGGCCCUUAGGCAUCCUGAGAAGGGAAGCAUAUUCAUCCAGAACUUGAUUGACGUUAUGAGGCAAAACGCAAGCAACGAUCAUAUUGAGGAGCUGUUCUUCAAGGUGCAGCAGUCCUUCAUGGAAUUUACCAGACAACUGCCUGUGAAGGAGAGAGGCACACUGAUGAAGAAAUUCUACCUGUUCCCUGGUUUUUGACACCUUGGUUCCCAGAAGUGAACCAACCCCGAAAUCCAGAGCACUGUGUUAUAGAAAUCAAAGCUCAGCUGAGUUACUUCUGCAGUAGAAUAUCAGAAUAUACAUUGGAGAUUAUUUUGAAGUAUUCCUUAGGAUGUAUGUUGAUGGGCUGGGAAAGAGCGGGUGGUUAUCUCCACCCGGCAAGGUGAAAGGUAUCUGUGGUACCUAGAUACCUGAUGCCUGUUUGCUUCUGAUCAUGUUAAAUUAAUUGGGGGCUUUUAAUUUGCUUUGAUUGAUUGCAUAUUACUUCAGAUAGUCUCAAGGAGAGCAAAGUGAACUAGUCCUCUGCAUUUUGUACAAUUUUCAAUUCUCACUGCAUCGGCAGUGAAGCUAGAGCUCAGUUCUUCAGCCUGUCCAGGAGGCCAAAGGCCACCAUUGCUGUCGAUCCACACUCUCUGAAGAACUAUAUAUCUUUUUCUUUUUACAAUAUUUUUAUUCAGAAGUAAAAAAAUUUACAGAGUGCAACACAUAGAUACAUCUCAACAUAACUUGUGUACAUUCAUACAUUGUAAUAAAAUUGAUCAAAAUGUUAUAGCAUAACACAUAAAGGUAUACCACUCUGUAAUCAAAAAUUUAAAGAUAGGUUAUACAUCAUAAAAGAAAAUUUUUUAUAUAUAUAAAAAAAGUCAACCCCCUACCAACUACCAAAGAAAAAAGCUGAUGGAUGACAAUGGAUAAUUAGAAAAAAAAACAUAUUCACUUAAGAAGAGAAGAUAAAAAUAUACACAAAAGUCUGUGCACUGUUAAACUUUAUAGCUUGGAAAAGUAAUUUAGGAAAGGUCCCCAAAUAUCAUAAAAAGAUUGUUUCGAAUUUAAGACUGAGCAGCGGAUCUUUUCUAAAUUUAAAUACGACAUAAUAUCACGUAGCCAUUGAAGAUGUGUAGGAGGGGUAGACUCCUUCCAUUUAAGCAAGAUUGCUCUUCUUGCUAAAAGAAAGGUAAAAACUAAAACCUGUAGGUUAGGAGUAUUUAAAGUUAUAUCUUAGACAAUGGACAAUAGGUGCAGAAGUAGACCAUUGGGCCCUUCGAGCCUGCACCGCCAUUUUGAGAUCAUGGCUGAUCAUCUACUAUCAAUACCUGGUUCCUGCCUUGUCACCAUAUUCCUUGAUUCCCCUAUCCAUAAGAUACUUAUCUAGCUCCUUCUUGAAAGCAUCCAGAGAAUUGGCCUCCACUACCUUCCGAGGCAGUGCAUUCCAGACCCCCACAAUUCUCUGGAAGAAGAAAUUUUUCCUUAACUCUGUCCUAAAUGACCUACCUCUUAUUCUCAAACCAUGCCCUCUGGUACUGGACUCUCCCAGCAUCUGGAACAUAUUUCCUGCCUCUAUCUUGUCCAAUCCCUUAAUAAUCUUAUAUGUUUCAAUCAGAUCCUCUCUCAAUCUGCUUAAUUCCAGCGUGUACCAGCCCCAGUCUCUCUAACCUCUCUGCGUAAGACAGUCCAGACAUCCCAGGAAUUAACCUCGUGAAUCUACGCUGCAAUUCCUCCACAGCCAGGAUGUCCUUCCUUAACCCUGGAGACCAAAACUGUACACAAUACUCCAGGUGUGGUCUCACCAGGGCUCUGUACAAAUGCAAGAGGAUUUCCUUGCUCUUGUACUCAAUUCCCUUUGUAAUAAAGUCCAACACUCCAUUAGCCUUCUUCACUGCCUGCUGCACUUGCUCAUUCACCUUCAGUGACUGAUGAACAAGGACUCCUAGAUCUCUUUGUAUUUCUCCCUUACCUAACUCUACACUGUUCAGAUAAUAAUCUGCCUUCCUGUUCUUACUCCCAAAGUGGAUAACCUCACACUUAUUCACAUUAAACGUCAUUUGCCAAGUAUCUGCCCACUCACCCAGCCUAUUCAAGUCAGCCUGAAUUCUCCUAACAUCCUCAUCACGUCACACUGCCACCCAGCGUAGUAUCAUCAGCAAAUUUGCUGAUGUUAUUCUCAAUGCCUUCACCUAAAUCGUUGACAUAAAUUGUAAACAGCUGUGGUCCCAAUACCGAAACCUGUGGCACCCCACUAGUCACCACCUGCCAUUCUGAGAAACACCCAUUCACUGCUACCCUUUGCUUUCUAUCUGUCAACCAGUUUUCUAUCCAUGUCAAUGUCUUCCCCCCAAUGCCCUGAGCUAUGAUUUUACCCACCAAACUCCUAUGUGGGACCUUAUCAAAUGCCUUCUGAAAAUCGAGGUACACUACAUCCACUGGAUCUCCCCCGUCUAACUUCCUGGUUACAUCCUCGAAAAACUCCAACAGAUUAGUCAAGCAUGAUUUACCCUUGGUAAAUCCAUGCUGGCUCAGCCCAAUCCUAUCACUGCUAUCUAGAUAUGCCACUAUUUCAUCUUUAAUAAUGGACUCUAGCAUCUUCCCCACCACUGAUGUCAGGCUGACAGGUCGAUAGUUCUCUGUUUUCUACCUCCCUCCUUUCUUAAAAAGUGCGAUAACAUUAGCCAUUCUCCAAUCCUCAGGAACUGAUGCUGAAUCUAAGGAACAUUGGAAAAUGAUUACCAAUGCAUCUGCAAUUUCCAGGGCCACCUCCUUUAGUACCCUAGGAUGCAGACCAUCUGGACCUGGGGAUUUGUCAGCCUUCAGUCCCAUCAGUCUUCUCAUAACUGUUUCUUUCCUAAUGUCAAUCUGUUUCAUUUCCUCUGUUACUUUAUGUCCUUGGCCCAUCCAUACAUCUGGGAGAUUGCUUGUGUCUUCCUUAGUGAAAACAGAUCUAAAGUACUCAUUAAAUUCUUCUGCCAUUUCUCUGUUUCCCAUAACAAUUUCACCCAAUUCAUUCUUCAAGGGCCCAGCAUUGUUCUUAACUAUCUUCUUUCUCUUCACAUACCUAAAAAAGCUUUUGCUAUCUUCCUUUAUAUUCCCAGCUAGCUUGUGUUCAUUUUUCUCCCUGUAUUGCCUUUUUAGUUAAGUUCUGGUGUUCCUUAAAAACUUCCCAAUCAUCUGUCCUCCCACUCACCUUAGCUCUGUCAUACUUCCUUUUUUUUAAUGCUAUGCAAUCUCCGACUUCCUUUGUCAACCAUUGUGGCCCCUUUCCCCCCUUUGAAUCUUUCCUUCUCUGGGGGGGUGAACUGAUUUUGCACCUUGUGCAAAUCUUCAUUUGCAAUAAUACCAAACAAGGCAGUAAGGGGAUUUGGGUCAAAUUGGACCCCAAACAUGAGGUGCUAGCUUUAAAAACAUUCGUACUGACCUUUAUGAGGAUAUUUGUGCCGGUAGUCAUUGUUCCUUGUUUAUUUUCAUUUAAUGUUCACUUAUUUCCUCUUGUAGCUUUGUGAUCUUCGCUGCUGUCACUCAGGCUCAUGCAGACUGCCCCCACCCCACUCCUUCACAUGCCAGCUGUUCCUUGCCUACAUUCAGCAAAAUGCACAACACAUUCCAGCCAACAGAAAUGCUCAAUUUAAGAACUCUAAGGUGGCAUUCACAGUGCCUGUUGCCUGAAAAACUUGAAAGGUAUUUAUUCCUUCGCAUAAAAUUCCACCUUGUGCAGUCCAGCGUGACAUAGGUGCAGGCGUGCGUCAUUCAGCAACUCAUACCUUCUCAAAGACCACAAGCUCAAAGAGAGUAAUGGUAAGGGUUCAAGCAAGAGAAAAUCUGCAGACGCCAGAAAUCCAAAGCAACACACACAAAACGCUGGAGUAAUUCAGCAGGCCGGGCAGCAUCUAUGGAAAAGAGUAAACAGUUGACGGUUCGGGGCGGAGACCCUUCCAAAUCAGUGAGAGGGUUUCACUAAACAGUUGAAGGGAAAUUUAAAAAAAUUUCUUCAGGAUAGGCAUCCCUGGAAGAAACUUCGCAGAGUAGUAGUAGUAAUAGUAGCACAAACACAAGAAUACCUGCAGAUGCUG